UGUGAUAAAAGACAGAAAAAAUCUCAUGACUUUUAUAGAUGGCCGAAAAUGCCGCGACAGUGAAGUCUAUCGUAAGGUGAGCAAGAAGUUACGGGAAGCCGGCUUUAUACGAACGCCAGACCAGAUCAGGCAUCGCUGGAAAACUCUUAAAGCGAUGUACUGCAAGGCCAAGAAGGACAACGGCACCAGCGGGUCCGACCCAUCAACCUUCCCCCAGUUCGACCUCAUGGAGGAGAUUUUGUGCCAAAGACCCACAACUACCGCCCCAAGCAGCAGGGUUGAUGUGGAACGACAUGAGGAAGAGCCAGCCACCCCUGUGUCCUCAACAAGCAACAUCAGUGGAAGUGGCUCAGUUAAGCUUGAAGACGAUGACUAUGAUGAUGUGGAUGAUAAGGAAGACAAUGAAGCAAAAGUACCUUCGAUGGAGCCAUCAAAUGCCACCUCACCUCCUCAGAGUACACAGCAUUCAAAUGCCACUCCAGCUACUGAAUGUGGGUCAAGUCGUAGGCCCAGGCCCCGUGGGACAGUUUCUCACCAUCUCCAAUUUCUGGAGAGAAUGCAAACAAGACAAAACCAAUGGAUGGAGCGGCAGAGGCAGUUGAGCCACGCCAGGGAUGAGGCACUCCUUACUCGACUAAUCGCUGAAACCAACCGCUCAACAGAAAUGUUGGUAAACCAACUACUAACAGGGUUAGGGACCCUGUUGCAGCAGCCGUCUCAGCCACAGCCUGCCCGUGGUGGUCAUUAUAUAGAGACAAUAGACAGAGAAACGCUGGCAGUGCCAGGAGCAGGCUUGAAAGAGGAGAGUGAUGAUUAAUGAGGGGAAAAACAGAAAUAACACUGUAAACACACGCCGAAGUCCCACGGUUAAUCAUUCACUUCUGAACCUGCCUUUGAAAUAAACAAGGUGGUUCAGGAUCCAAACAAAGCAGCUCCACUUCUGUCAUGUCAGCCUAUCUGUCUGAAAUUCACAGCAAGCUGGGAAGUGAUGCCCCGAUCCGCUCUGUGUUUGACAUCAUAUGAAGUCAAAUAGUGUGAAUGAUGAUCUGUGUCACAUCGUGACAAAUUGACUGAAAUGUUUGUUCUUUCUUAAAACAACUGUAUAAGCUUUAAGGAAUAUUUUUUUUCUCCCAUAGUGAUAGUCUUAUGAAAAAUAUUGUAUUAGUAUUAUGAACG